GCAGAUCCAUCGCGCCGCGAACUCAUUGAUUUCCUCCUGGUCGUCACGAACGACAUUAUUGCAGAAUUGGAGACAAUCCGGCCUGCUGAGAAUCGGAGGAUGAGCUUAAGGGAGGAAUCGAUGAGAACUCCCGUGAAAUCGCCUAGGCGUGCAGUUUCGAUGGCAGUCGGCAAGAAGCCGGUGAGCAGCAGCAAGGAAGACAGAUCCGAUGCUUCGCAGCAAGUUCUGCAGGCAAUCGAGAAAAAUCCGACCUUGUCCUAUGAAGUUCGAGCCAAGCAGAUAAUAUUAUUUGACCGCGUGGUGUCCUGUGUUCGAAAGUGUUUUCCCACCAUUGAUGCCGAAACGAUCGCUUCCGUACUGGAUAAGGAAGGAGUUCGCUACGUGCGAUCCAAGAACUGAAGUUGUGUUUUCAUUUUCCAUUUUUGUUUUUGUUUGUUAGCACAAUGAUAAAGAUGAAUGAAUUACUACGACUUCCGCGGUUAUUUCCUCUCUUUCUGUUUGAAUUCAAGAAGCUUUCAGAUACAUUUGAGGGUACUCAUUUUUCAAGAUCGUAAUAACGUUUAGUUUUUUGCUACUCACUAACGAAUAAUGGAAGCUGUUCCUGUCGAAAACCAGGUACCCGCCCAAACUGUAAGAGCAGGGAUGCCUAAUCAGCCUGCGUGAGUAAAGGGUGGAAAAGGCUUAUUCCUAGUGCUUUCGCAUCAGUGUCUGCUCCCGCAAUCCCCGCGAACACAAUUGUAUCUGUACCGGCGCAGAUGCAUUCGGGAGUGCAGGGACUCUCGAUUCCCACGAACCUGAGCAGAGUAACAUUGUUGUUAUCCCUGUUCAUUUUAAGGAUCCAAAGAUUGCACGCGCACCCACAACGCAGGAAGAGGAAGAAGAAGAAGACGAAUACCAGGAGGAGGUCGGUGAUGAGGAGGAGGAAUGGCAUUCUGAGGAAGAAGUCCCUGUCUGCGUUUUUCGGCUUCUUCACUCCUAGAAACAGCGAAAACGCAGCCGAAAAUCCGCGAUGGAGGACAGCGAAGAUGAUGACUACGGCCGCAUCAAGCGUCGAAAGCCUCUCAUCGAGAAGAAGCCGGCGCGCCGCAGCGUUCCGUUGAACGAAUCGGCCGGCAUGAAAGCCCUCCGCGCGUACACGUCUGCGUUGAAGCUAGGGCCGCGCUGCUUCCGCAAUUUGAAUAAAAUCAGCAACGCCAAGGACCGCGAGGCCGAGCUCAUCGCGCGCCUGCACAGCUACGACCGCGUGUGGGCGGGGGAGUAUCCGAGCGAGGCGGAAAUCGCGCAGGCGCGCGAGGAAACGCGGAGAAAGAAGGCAGAGAAGGCGCGCGAGUUCAUCAUCGAUGAAGAGCCGGGGGUGCGAACGACGCGGAAGGCGGCUCAGAAAGCGCGCGAUUUCGUAAAGACGCUGGGAAACGAAGCGGAAGGAGAGGGAGAAGACGAGAUGGUGGAGGAUGAAGAUGUGGAGGCGCCGUUGGAGGAGGAGGAAGAAGAAGAAUCGAGAGAUGAGGAGUAAGAAGAAAAUGGAACGAAUCGAGAACCUUUUCGAUAUCUUUUGUAGUGUCAUUGCUUGUGCAAUGUUUGUUAGAAUUUGUUUGUUUGUGGAUUUGGAAUGCAAAUGGAAGCGAACGUAGUGGACACGGGGAGUUCCUCGUGCACGAUAUCGAUUAUGCUAACGUUUAAUGCGGUACUUAAUCUUUGCUUUCCGCUUUCGUUCCUAUGGAUUUGCUUCCAGAGACUAAAGUUCAAGCUGAGCUAUCCGGGGGCGCUAUGGAUUUUUUGCAACUGCAUUCUAGCUGUCACUUUGUUUUUUGUCAUGGUCGGCUUCACGUUCCGAAACUUUCGAAAUAACGUCGUAUGGAAGCGGAUCUCCGCGAUUAAUACAUUCUCGUUCCUCCUUUUGCUUGGAUUGCAGCUCUCUCUCAUGAUUAUGGGGAGUGUCAAGUUUGCAGCGUGGAGUCAUCAGCCCGUCCACGCUUUCCACAGCGUGUAUCUCGUCUAUUUCAUUCUGAACUGGUGCUCCUUCGCCGCUAUCGUCAUCGUCACCUCCAUCUGCAUCCUCGUCGAGCGCCAUCAGCGCCAUCGCUCCCUCGCCCUUCUUUCUGACCCUUCUGCUUCUUCCUCCUCUUCCUCCUCCUCCUCCUGCUGUUGUUCUUCCUGCUGCGAUUGCUGCUGUCCCUGCUGUCCUUGCUGUCCUUGCUGCGGGUCCAGCGGCCCAAACAGCGGCGACGUCGCCGGCAGUCCGCAGCGGGAAUGCUGCGGCCGCUGCCAUCGCUGCUGUUUGGGCCGCGAGCUCGACACGCAGCGCCAGCGCAUCAACAACUCGUGCUGCUGCGAUGGGUGCUGUCCGUGCUGCAUCGACUGCUGCAUCGACUGCUGCGGCGAGCAGGCCGUGGCGCUCCCGGAGAAUCUCGCCGACAGCGACGUCGUCCUCGUGGCGCCCAACCACCGCGUGAUUUACGCGCCCGACCCCGACGCUCCCGUCACGCUCUCCAACGACCAGCCCGUGCCCAUCGCCGAGCUCGCCGGCGUCGGGAGCGCCGACCGCCAUUUUGUACCUGCGGUCUUCUACUCGGACGUGGCGGCGACGACGCCCAAUUCCAAGACCCCGCUGUACCUUGUCCCCUCGGACAUCCCCAACCAGCAGACCCUGUUCGCGUCGACGAUGGCGCCGGUCGUUCCCUUGAACCAGGUGAACACCGCCAAUCCGUCGCUUCCCUACGUUAUGAUUGAUGGGGUUCGCUACGUCAUGCGACAACCCACGAACUGA